GUCCCCGAAAAUUCACCCGCUUCCCAUCCCCUUCCAAUUCAAAGGCUUCCGAGUCAUGCUGAGCGCUCCUUUGCCAGGGUGAUACUUCAAGGGUAGGAUAUACAAGGCGCAAGAAAAGGGACGGUGGUUGGAUGAAGAAGCUUCACAUGUCAAUUCUAACUUUGAAAGAGAAUCAGUUGGCCAUCCUGGCGCCCCACGGAUCAUCCGCUUUGCUACAUUGACGACGAUUCCUGGUCACGUGAGAACUCGAAAACCCCCUGACGGAACGAGCAACCAACGCCAUAUGCAUAGAUAGUGGUAGAGAGAGCAGGAUCAGACCCAGUGUUACUUCCCCCUCUAGUGAGCAGAUAAGGGCAGUCUGUCACGCUGCUGCUGCACUAAGCUUGGAAGGGGAGCCGUAGUCAAGCGGUGGUGCACCUUUCUCCUCUGACAGUAGCGGCGAAGCAUCACUGCCCCCGCACUGCACUCAGAGCGCAGUUACAAUCACGUCGAAGCCACUUGCGGGCAGGGGACUGGAUUUGCGGAGACAGGAAACGCCACCAGAAUGUUGUUCUUCUCGUACUUCAAGGAGCUAGUCGGGAAAGAAGUCACGGUUGAGUUGAAGAACGACCUGGCGAUUACGGGCGUCCUCCAUUCAGUGGAUCAAUACCUAAACAUCAAAUUGGAAAACACGAAAGUCGUCAACGAAGCAAAGUAUCCACACAUGCUUUCCGUCAAGAACUGCUUCAUCCGCGGUUCUGUAGUUCGAUAUAUCCAGUUACCAGUAGACGGGGUAGAUGUAGACAUCUUACACGAUGCGACUCGAAGAGAAGCCCGAGGAGGUUGAAAGCUUAUCGGGUGUUUGUUAAAGCCGAAUACUCCCAGCUUACAGCAGCAGCUUCGAAUGCCAUUGCCAAGAUGGCCCACAGGUGCUCGCGCACUGCUAUGAUGCAGCAGAAUGUCCUUCAGUUUUUUAAUGUCAUCUCUGGUCAACAACAAACAACUCCGACCAGUUACUGUCCGGCAACAUACAAUUAGAACCGGGCGGAGCCCUCUGUAAGCUGAACUUGCUGACAUCAUAUAAGCUGCUUGCCGCGGUAUUGAGGCGCGUGCAUUUGGCAUCAUUGAUCUCAUUAGAUCAUGAACUUCAGU